AUGAAAUAAGCCGUCGGUGGCUGCUUAAUGGACUUUUUUUGUAUAAUGUAACAAUUGCGUCAGUGUUAAGUUUCUAGUGCAUCAUGUGACUCUACAGCCCCUGGUAAAGUCAUUGCAGUGUAGAUCUCGGGCGUUCUAGGACGAUAUACAUUGCUGUGGUAUAAUCACAUUUGAUACGAACAAAUAUACUCAGAAAAGUUUCGCCAAUCAUGACAAAUUAUUUGAUGAUAGAUGUUGGAUACGACGGGAUCUGACGAAAUGUCCUCCCCAUUCAAGUUAAUGCUUAUUUUUUGCCUCUGUUGUUUUUUCUCACCGGCACAUGGCUUUGGUCUUAAUGUAUACUCAGAUGGUAACAUUAGGGAGGGGACGGGAGACGCAUACAUCAGCCUGUCUGUUCAAAAUGGCACCGAGGUUAACGUCACAAUCAACACCGUGGACAUGACUGCCACGGCAGGGGAAGACUAUGAGGCCAUCACCGACAGACGUGUCACAUUUUCUGCAGACCUACCUGAUUACAAGUUGACGGUGCACAUUAUAAAUGACACGCUGAUGGAACCUUCAGAGACUUUCCUCGUCACAGUCAACGGAAGCAGCCUCAGCAAGAACCUGACAAUAACUGUGAACAUAGAAGAUGAUGACCAUCCUGUGAACUCUGAUUGUCAUCGACUUGGUGAAUAUUGUCUGGAUGGUGGUUCAUCAUGUUACUCGAACGGCGUCUGCUGGUGUUUAUAUCCUCAUACAGGACCAAACUGUGCCAUAAACAGUGAUCACAUACAAGGAGGACCUGGCUGUGGCAGUCUGGACUGUGUCCACGGGACGUGUAUGUCUAAUGGGACACUAGCCACCUGUGCAUGUGACCGGAACUAUACAGGCGACCUCUGUGACAGGGACAGAUACUUCCAUCAGUGUAACCCCAACAACAUCAGCAUCUGCCUCUCCCCUCCUCAAAACAGCAUAUACUCCGUCACCGACGUCUACGUCACAGGCUACAGAAACACCGCCGACUGUAACCUCACGCUCGCCCCCACCCCACCUGAUCCUAGCGACGGCAUCGUGGACUGGUGUGAGGGGUAUGCCGGAGUGUUCGACUACAACACCACCUGUGGAGAGGUCGAUUCCAUUACAGAGGGCGGGUUAUCCAUCAGCGUGCUGAGGAUGAACAUCACCGUCGAACGAAUGUGGGUUGGUUCGUUCUCGGAGGAAGUUACCUUCAGGUGCCCAAAAAACUAUGGUAAGACGGAACAAGCGUCUUCAUAUUCACUUCUUCUUUUUAUUUCCCAAUAUGAUGUGUUCAAUUGUUUAUAGCUACUAUGUUCUCCACAAUAUACAUGGUAAUGGCGUAUGGCGGUAUAAUAAUGCAUAGUUUCAUGUAUAUUUAAAAUGAAUGUAUCAGUUCAUAGCAUUGUCAGUUUAACUAUACAAACAGACAAGGUAACAUCUAUUUUGUCAUUCACAUAAACAUACAGUUGAAUGCGUUACAGACAAACAAAAGGGAAAAAAGGAUCUACCAGUUUAUUUCAGUGUACAUGUGAUUGUGUAAGUGUGAGAUGGGUUGUGUUAGGUUUGUAUAUCCUUGACAUGUAAAGAUGUUCCUUUGAUUGUGGAAUGGGUUAUCAUAUGUCCAUAUGUCCCUGAUGUAAUUGAUUGUGUAUGUGUGAGAUGGUGAGAUGCAGUGGCUGAAUGUCCUUAACACGUGAAGCUCUAUCUCUCAACCUUUGCAUUUUCUCGUAAGCUUACCUAUGUAUUCCAUUCGCUUGUUUUGUUCCAUUGAAAAGAUGUUGCAUGAUAAUGACUACCUCUCUUAGCAGUGACUAGCACAUGUAAUCUUGCCAGCUAUUACUAACCUGAUAAUAUUACAGUUAACUGCGUUUAUAACGAACGCGCCCAUAACGACUUGGCGGAUAUAACGAACUUACUACUUAUUUUCUGUAUUCAUGGUUAUAACGAAUUACUGUUUUAAGAAACUAAAAUAAGUGUUCCCUUUGAGUUCGGUAUAGCUGUAGUUUAUACAUUCCCUCAACACAGCCAGACAUCUCCAUGAGAAGUGAGUAUUGUAUUUGCUUCUUCACCCUUAACAUGGAAACUGUAAAUGUAUGUAAAUAUCUAUGAGUUAUAAUUACAUAAAAAGUAUUUGCGAAAAAAUCAAGACAGAGAGUCAUUUAUGCAAACGGCAGUAGAAAUAAAACACUUUGAUGAGACGGUUCACAUUUACAUCAGGACUUCAGGAGUACAGCAAGGCAAAAAGCUCUUGUGAAUGUGACAUGGUUCCAUUACCUGCUGUUAUAUGCAUUGCACAACAGCUCAGACUACUACACAUUCACCACCAAUUAAUUCCAACAGUUGUGUUAUAAAAUUUAAUUGCCGGUGUUUCAGAACCAUGCUGAUAAGGCAACGUAUGUAAACUUUUUCUAAUGAAAUUAUUGAUUAAUCAAAAUAAAAGUGUUUUUGUGUAUACAUUGAAGAACCAGUUCAUUAUUGUUCACGUCCAGAUUGUCAUACGUUUGUUAAUAGUACAUAACUAUCGUCUAAUAAGCCCUUUGCAUCCAGUUUGGUUUGUGUACAUUUUUUUUACUCUGAGGACGUGCGAGUAUAAAACGAGUGUUUACCAAGUUUAUGCAAUAGACAAAUUUAUUUUUGUAUGAGUAUUUUGAGAAGGUAUGGUAUUUUGUAAAGAUCAAACUCACACCUUAAAUGUCUUUAACAUACUCUUACAGAGGCAAUGUCAUUCCACAAAUGUCGAUAUCAUUACACCUGUCAGGUUCCCCUUUAUAUCUUUUGAAGAAGAAAUCUCGCUGUGCAGAGUUGCGUCCCUUAGGUUUGUCUCUCUGAUUAUGAUUAUCGGGUUGUCAGCACCAUACUCAUGCUUGUGGGUAAUCAUCGAUGUGGUUAAUGUUACAAAACAUGCAUCACAUCGAGCUUCUCUCCAACAUUCAGCUGACGCGUCCUGAUAACUGCAGUAAUGUCCACAGCGGCCUGAAACCCCGCUCACCCCUUCUCACUCAGGUAUUGUCUUGUCCCUUCGUUGAUGCUUAUACAGGAAUGGAGGCGGAGGAUGAGCCAUGCUGUCAGCCAGAUCCAGGGAUGGAGAAUGCAGUAAACACAAGCUAACGGGAUCUCCCUGGAAUGCCUGCGUCCUUUACUUUAGGAGGACAAGCCAAUGAAGCGGGUUGAUUGGUAAAACAAUAGAGGUUUACAGGAAUCGUCUCACAGGAAACUGAGCUAAGUUAACGAUGGUGAACUAAAGUCAACCAAGUUUUGAAGGAACUGACAAGAGAAUGAACUUCAGUUUCAUAUUGAUGAUAUUUAUUCAAUUUCAUCAGUGAUAUUCACUCAUUUUGUUGUAUAUACACUUGGCGUUUGGAAUAAUGUUCAGGUUAACGUACGGUUUCUUUUCGAACAUACGCGGUGAGCAUCGGUGACGCAACCGUCAACACAAAAGAUGACCAUGUCAUUAAACAUGGUCAACAAUCCUAGAGUAAACCUUUUCGAAAAACGUGCUUCUGUUCUCCAUCUGCUGAGACAGUGUGAUGACACUUCAUGACCCAGAUACAUUUUGAACAUAUGUAACUAUGAAUAAUUAAUGAAAAAGACAAGGUCGAUCCUUGUUAAAUUCUUAUUUGAGUUAUCGCGUCGGGACCAUCGUUUGACACGAUCCUUAUUAAACAUAUAUCCUUGUAACAUUAAAAGCAUGGCUUAGCCCAUGACACAUGUGCCAUUGUGUGGUCGGCAUCUUCAGUUGGGAGACACAAUAAGGUCUGCCGACAGAGCCGUCACACGCACAAACAUAAUUCCAAAAACUUUUCAGCCAUCUAGGUUGUUGUCAAGGAAACGUUACCAACGUCAACUUUCCAAAGCAACAUCACGGUGUGGAAUCGUUUGCCGGCAGAUUUGAAUUAAACCAUCCGUAUCAAGAAAUGUUUGAUAGGCAUUACUUAGAAGUUGACGGACGACAAAGUAGGGACAAUUACUGUAAAGGUAUAAAGAUCCAUAUACCGUUGUCGAGCAAGGCUGAGGGCUGAACAAUGUUCAUUAUUCAGCCUUGCUUGACAACGGUAUAAGGAUCUAUACCAAAACGUCGCCUUUACAGUUAAUAAAGAAGUUGUCAUCAUAAACUGUCCCUACUUUCAUCCAUAUCACAGUCAAAUGUUUUCAUGAGGUGAAAUUUGGAGUGACACACGGGCCAAACAAUUUAUGUUGCAGAUAGAAGAUGACAGACAUUGCCUCGGGUGUCAUGGACUUCUCCUACCCGUACGUGCUACACAGCAGGGGUAAACAAGCUAUCAUUCGACAACAAAGGCAUAAGCUUUACGUCGUCCUGUCAAAACGUGGACCAAACGGACCUACUAAUAUCAUGCAAGAACAUUUGCUGGAUAACGACCGCUACAACGGCUGGAUAACGACCACUACAACGGCUGGAUGACGACCGCUACAACGGCUGGAUGACGACCGCUACAACGGCUGGAUGACGACAGCUACAAAGGCUGGAUGCCGACCGCUACAACGGCUGGAUGCCGACCGCUACAGCGGCUGGAUGACGACCGCUACAACGGCUGGAUGACGACCGCUACAACGGUUUGCUGACGACCGCUACAGCGGUUGGAUGGCGAUGGCUACAACGGCUGGAUGACGACAGCUACAACGGCUGGAUGACGACCGCUACAACGGCUGGCUGACGAUCGCUACAACGGCUGGAUGGCGAUGGCUACAACGGCUGGAUGACGACCGCUACAACGGCUGGAUGACGACCGCUACAACGACUGGAUGAUGACCGCUACAACUGCUUAGUUGACGACCGAUACACCGGCUGGAUGACGACCGCUACAACGGCUGGGUGACAACCGCUUCAACGGCUGGAUGACGACCGCUACAACGACUGGAUGACAACCGCUUCAACGGCUGGAUGACGACCGCUACAACGACUGGAUGACGACCGCUACAACGGCUGGAUGACGACCGAUACACCGUCUGGAUGAUGACCGCUACAACGGCUGGAUGACGACCCCUACAACGGCUGGAUGACGACCGCUACAACGGCUGGAUGACGACCGCUACAACGGCUGGCUGACGACCGCUUCAACGGCUGGAUGACGAUGGCUACAACGGCUGGAUGACGACCGCUUCAACGACUUGAUGAUGACUUUGCAUUUCGUUAUCAUCAUCCGACCUCUACAAUGCCAGUUUGUUGUCGGGUGUCACGAGAUCAGCAGAGACAGUUCAACGUUACUCGGUGGUGUCACAUAUGAAUCAUCCACCCACCACAUGUCAAAUCCAAGCAGAGUGCAGUGUAUGUCCAUCAAUAAAUGCACAGCCUAGUAUAA